UUCCUUACCAGACGUUUGCUGCUGUCCGCCUGUGUAGUCGCCAUCACGAAAUCUCGGUUAACUUAACACGUGUGAAAAGCGAAUGUUAAAACCAGCGAAGGUGACAAGCGGGACAAUCUGUGGCCAGGCGAAUAGACGCCCCAACGCCGGCACACUAUCGGUGGAACACCCAGAAGAUCCGGCAACCUGUAAGGCCAGGAACAGCAACGCCAUUUGCUCUCCCAGAGUUCACCAUUGUUCGUGGGAAAAGGCGGUUACAACGGAGGCAGCAGCAACGACGGUAACAUCCGAGUCCUCGCACAAGCGACUAAGCGAUCCGCGAAGAUCACGAAAGGCUCUCCGAGGAGGGCCUUUUAUUGAGAUCGCUCAAUCUAGCGCUUCCCCACGGUAGUCAAAACCUUGUCACAUCAUCGGCAGUGUUAAAGCAACAGUACGUCUGGCUGAGGCAGUAGGCAGUAGGUCGGCGUAUUGUGCAUCUCACACCCACAAAGGUUGCGUUAAGCAGGGCUAGUCAGUGAAGACGAGCCGCAACCCUUCAUCAAGGAUUGUGUGUGCGUGCAUCGUCGAAUGAGAAGAGACCAGUGAGAAUCAUCAUCGUCAGUGAGUCGC